UCCUCUCAGCUCUCUCUCAUCCUUAUCCUUGAAGAAGCUUUUUUUCUUGUGCCCCAGAGACCAUGGCUGCUCCACUCUCACUCUCAUCAAAUCCUCUCACCUCUCGCCAUUGUUACCGUCUCCACUUCCCUUCCACUUCAUUCAAGGGAAGUGUAAGCGUUUUGGGAGCAAACCCAAGUCAGAUUAUUUCUCUCAAACUCAACCAAAAGGUUGAAAAAACCAGAAAGCAAUUUGGGAGACCACUCGUUGUGGCAAGCCAAACGGCGGCUACGUCGUCGGAGGGAGCAGUAGCUCCGGAGAGAUUCCGUUUGAAUAAUCUUGGACCUCAACCUGGUUCGAGAAAGAGGCAAAAGAGAAAAGGUAGAGGUAUCUCUGCAGGACAAGGAGCGAGUUGUGGUUUUGGUAUGAGAGGUCAGAAAUCAAGAUCCGGUCCUGGGAUUAUGAGAGGUUUCGAAGGUGGUCAAACUGCUCUUUAUCGCCGUCUUCCUAAACUUAGAGGAAUCGCCGGAGGUAUGCGUUCAGGAUUACCCAAAUACUUACCCGUUAAUAUCAAAGACAUCGAAACAGCUGGAUUUCAGGAGGGAGAUGAAGUUUCAUUGGAGUCACUGAAGCUAAAGGGUUUGAUCAAUCCUUCUGGGAGGGAAAGGAAACUUCCUCUCAAGAUUUUGGGUACCGGAGAACUAAGCAUGAAGCUCAACUUCAAAGCUCGUGCCUUCUCGACACAAGCAAAAGAGAAACUUGAAGCUUCAGGAUGUACACUCACUGUGUUGCCCGGAAGGAAGAAAUGGGUUAAGCCUUCGGUUGCAAAGAACCAAGCACGAGCAGAUGAAUACUUUGCCAAGAAGAGAGCUGCAGCAGCAGCAGAAGCAACAACUUCAGAGCCUGCAGCUUCUGCUUAAUAUUACUUCAUUUUCAAGCUCCUUGUUAACGUUGUAAAGCUGCAGAAGAGAUCAAUUGUGUUUAUGAGAAGGCGUUUAACUUUAAUUACAAUGCGUUUAGUCUUUUUGUAUGGUGAAGUUAUUUUAAUAUUAUGUUGAUUAAGAGUUUAUUAUCAGAGAGAUUUGUGAACGGUAUAAAUUAUUUUGUUCCUCAAUAGUCGAAACUUUUUUUUUCAAUC